AUCCCGUUGCGGAAAUAUUGCGGGAGAUGAUUACCUACGGAAGUGCGUUUGGAAAAUAUGCGGCAAAAGAUAUUUUGAUUUGUUUAGCUGUGAGGUGCCGGUAAUUGACGCGGAUUCCCAAGUAGUUCGAAACCCUAUAUCGUGCGGCAACGCGAUGUUGGGAUCUAGCGAUGUGUGUGCUUGAAAGGGGUGAUACACAAAUUAUGUCACGCAAAUAUCGAUCUUUUUCAACCCCCCCUGCCCCCUAUCUCACACUUUUUGUAUGGGACCUCACAUUUUUUUGUAUGGGUCGUAACGUUUUGCAAAACCCCCCCUACCUCCUAAAAGCGUGACGUAAUUUGUGUACGGCCCCAAAGUACAAACUGGGACUUUCAUGAAUCCCGUAAAAACAGCUCUCACUAGUGAAAAUUAUGCUAGUUUGGGGGAGUUCUUAAUCAUAGAUUUGAGAGUCUUCCACAAAUUAUAUUGGAAUCUUUUUUCUUUGCAUCAUUACUUUAUUUUUUGCAAUAUUUUUUUUUGUAUUAAAAUCUUGCGCAAUUGGUAAAUGAUUCUCUAUUACAUAUUUUUUUUUUUUCAAAAACUUCGAAUCGGUCCGUUAUAUAUUCUUAUUUUGCACUUUAAUUUCACCAGAGUUAUGGAUCAAUUGGAAUACAUCACUCUUAACGGACCUCUGCUGCCAACAACAACAUAUGCGUCAACUUCAUAAUCUCAUGGGAGUAUGAGGUGAAUUUAUUCGUAAUUUUUAUCAGUUUGAAAUCAAGAUUAUGGAUAGAUAUUUAUAUAUGGUAGUUUAGAUAAUAUAGUUUAUUUAUAUGCGAUAUUUUAUUUUACAUUUUAUUUCCUGUUGUAUAGAUGAAGAUCAGCUUAACGCAAGAGAAUGGCUGCUAUACGGAAGAUCUCCAAUCGACUUGCUACGUCUGAAAUGGGAUGCUUGCUACGUAUUGCGAAGGAGUGAUAUAGAUAAUGCGAAAGAUCUUGUAGAGAUCUUGCAUCUGUAUCCUAUUUUCAAAGACCCAAAAGCAGCAUUUCUAAUUGAGCUUGAUUUCGAAAAGAUGUUUCCUGGAACGACAAGCAACUUCUACACCUGGUUUCCUAUGUUACAUCAGAAAUUGAACAAUCUGAUCAAAAGUGCGGUAUCAAAAGACAAGGCAUAUCAACCGUUAUACGAGGCAUAUCAGAAGGCAACUGACGGACAACGAAAAGAUUAUUAUCUAUGCAUGCUGCUGCCGGUAAUUAUACAAACGAACUAUCGGGUUAAAGGCAGCUGGAAACCUUCUGUAAAAGAGACGCAAGAUAGUUUCAUUUUGGAAGUGCAGACACCUGGCGAUAUAGAAGUAAAAAUAGAACAGCGACUGAAAUCACUUAAAGAGAAAUUUGGAGAAACGUCCCUCCAAUCACAAAUUGUCGCUGUGGGCACCGAUGAGUCACUGAGGGCCGCAUUGGUAAUUUUUGGAGGAGCAGAAUAUGCAGCGGAAAACAUUGUGCAUGCUGUGUGCAUGUGCAUGCAUAUUACAUAUGUGCUUAAUUUGCAAUAUGCUCCGGACUGCAAACCACUAUGGCUGUUCAUACAGUCAUAUUUAUUUAAAAUUCCAGCGUCCAUUGUAGAGCUUCCGAAGAGCACACGGGACAUGCUGAAGGCCAUCGACAACUAAUCGAUUAGUUUUUUUCUUGAUUUCUUUUAAUUAACUCCAAUAUCGAAUUUGGAAAAUACAAAUAAUGAACUCAAACUCAAAAAUUGUUUAAAAUGAAUAAUGAAAUAGUGAUGUUCGACGUAUCCGUUUCCAAAAUUCAAACUUUUAUAAUAUUAUUAUUAAUCUAGGUUCAAAUAGAAACAUAAGCAAUGCGCACUCGAAAUUAUGAUUUCAGAUCACAAAAACGUGAUUUGAUUUCAUGGCCCUAGUAAAACUAACCAAAAUCAUAAGCAAUGCGCACCCGAAAUCUUGAUUCCAAAUCCCCAGAACAUGAUUUGAAAUCAUGGUCCUAUCAAACAAACUAAAAUUUAAAAAAAAAUGCGCACCCUUAAUUAUGAUUCCGGAUCUCAAACACAUGAUUUCAAAUCAUGGUCCUAGCAAACCGACUAGAGCCAUAAAUGUUGCGCACCCGAAAUCAUGAUUCCAAAUCCCAAGAACAUGAUUCAGCUUCAUGAUCAUUGCGAAAACAUAACGCUUUGGUUGCGUUACGGGAAAAUAAAACAAGAUAUCAUGAUCUGGAAUCAUGGUGUAUUUUCAUAAAGUGAAAAAACACUAGGCUCCAGAAAUCAUGAGUCAAAAUCGCGAUUUAGGGAGCAGAUUUUUACCCGUGUAGAAGCUACUCGCACAGCACAUACAUGUAGAUUAAGUUCGCCAGAUUCAUUGUGCAACACAAUCAUUCAGCAUCAAGCAGUAUUGAGGACGCUUUGUUGACGUUUACAUUCACAAGACGCGACGCGAGGCAAGCCAUAAACACUUAUCGUUGUUA